CGCGAAAUAAUGCUCCUGCAAUAGACGAAGCCGGAGUCUUACUCGUCAGCUUCUUGUUCGGAUCCUCCCGUUCCACCUUAAAUGAUCUGUUUUAAAUGUUACACAAAUCAAGAAAAAGCUCCCUGUUCGUCAGCUUCUUGUUUUGAUUUUUUCCCGUUCCACCUUAAACCGUGUUACAGAAAUAAAGACAAAGCUGAACUUAUCCGUCAGAAUUUGUUCGAAUUUUCCCGUUCCACCUUAAACGGUGCAGCAGUUACAUCCCGGCGCUUUUCGGUUUGUUUGAUAGACGGCGCGCGAGAGUUCUUAAAAACUACAAUUCCCAGAGUGCUUUGAGGCACGGCGCGAUCUACAGGUUUGUGACCAGUGUCCUGCUGACCGGUUGCCGGAGGGCAGUAACGUGAUACACGACAAGCGAAGUGCGCUGGGAGAAGAAGGAGGUUAACAGAAACGCGUUCAUUACUUUACCGGCACCGAGAGCUGCUUUGAGCAGGAGCCGCCGCUUUCUCCAGCGGGCAGUAGUGGUCAGUGAGUAACUUAUGAGCUGCUAACAGGUUUAAUACUUACAGCCUCAAGACGACAUGCUGUCAUUGUUUUGGUCAAUUACAAUUAGAGCAACGAAGUACUAACAGGAGCCGGUCUAACGUGCCAUAUGCUGUUAUGGUCAGGAGACCCUGGCCUGCUGAGUUUAAUCUAUUUCCGUCUUCUUUGGUCUGUGUAAUGUAAAUACAGUGGCAGAUUGGAAAUUGUUUCUGACUGAAACCCACGGCAUCAUGGGAACGCGAAGAGUUUUAGUCACAGGGUGUUCCUCUGGAAUUGGUUUGGCGAUCGCUGUACGACUCGCCAAGGACGAACUGAGGAGGUUCAAAGUUGUGGCCACCAUGCGAGACGUGGAGAAGAGGGGGGCAUUGGAAAUAGCAGCUGGAGAGACGCUGAGCAGGACCUUGGAGAUCCGGCAGCUGGACGCCUGCUGUGAAAGCUCCAUCAGAGAAUGUGUGAACAGCCUGCCAGAGCGGCGGGUGGAUGUUCUGGUGAAUAAUGCAGGCAUGGGCAUGAUUGGACCGCUGGAGUGUCAGAGCGUGAAGGACAUGCAGGACCUCUUCAACACUAAUUUCUUCGGGCUGGUGCGGCUGGUGAAGGAGGUGUUGCCGGACAUGAAGAGGAGUCAGAGUGGCCACAUCGUGGUGAUGAGCAGUGUCAUGGGCGUUCAGGGGCUGCUCUUCAAUGAUGUCUACGCUGCUUCAAAAUUCGCAGUAGAGGGCUUUUGUGAGAGCCUUGCUGUGCAAGCUAUGAAGUUUAACAUUAAGAUGAGCUUGGUGGAGCCGGGUCCAGUGGUGACCGAGUUUGAGAAGAAGGUGUACGAGGAGGUGCAGAACAUGGACCUGUCGUGCACAGAUGAGGAAACAGCCAGAAUCUUCCGCGAGAUUUACUUGCCCUACUCCAGAAAGGUGUUCUCCUCACUGGGCCAGACGCCAGAGGAGGUGGCAGAGCAAACCCUCCAGCUGAUUGUAGCGAAGAACCCUCCAUUCCGUCACCAGACCAACCGUCUGUACACCCCUCUGACGGCCAUGAAGCAUGCGGACCCCACAGGCCGCCUGCCUAUAGACGCCUUCUACAAGAUGGUCUUUCAGCAUGACCGCGUGUUCAAUGCCAGUCUGGGUGUCAUGCGGAUGCUGCAGAAGAGGAUGGGGAAAUCUAAAGCAUGAGAGAAUCUUCAGGAGCAUGAAGAAAGUGGAAGACGUCAUCCCCAUCAAGGAUUUAGAAUUUCUGGGGAAGCUGGUCCAACUACAUGUGCACACACGGAUGUCACAGGUGUGAAAGCAACAGAAGAACUUCACUGCAAGAAAUUACUUAAGGUUGAAACAAAGGAUUAAAGUUAAAUCAUCAGUCAAUAGAACUACAAUUAUUAAGUGACAGAUCAUAAGAUACAAAGUCUUACUCUGUCAACAUAGUAUUAGAUAUGCAGUAAACUCAAGCCUGGUAACUAACUUUUUAAAGUUUUUUUAACAGUGUAGGAAAUUCAGUGAUUUUUUUUUUUUGAUAAGUAAAUAGAAAUAUGCACAAAAAUGCAAUAUUUAACAAACAUAACACUGCUCAUUCUUCAACAAACACCAUCCUUGCUGUGAUGUAUGUGUGGGGCAGUCUUUUCCUCAGCGCAGGCUGGACAUCUUAAAACUGAAGGACAGGGUGGGUGGAACAAAAUACAGGGAGGUACUGCAAGACAAUCAGCUUCAGUCUGCUAAAAUGACUCAUUUUACUAAUGAAUACUGAUUUAAUGCAUUUUACAACUGUGCAUUUGAAAGACUGGAAAGUCUGGCUAUUUUAAAAGUAGCCAUUUUACAAAUGUCAUAUACAAAUAUAUGAAAUAUAUUGUGUGUGUGUUUCCAGAAUGACUGGAACAUAACAUUCAAAUAAAGGAUUUCAUACUUCA